UUUAGUAUAUAUUUGAAAUGACGAAUGCUAAAAAAACGUACGAUUGCUGUUUAAAAAAGUUUUUACUUUUUUAUAACACUUUGGUGUUAGUAGCAUGGUUGUACGUCGAAGCCCUGAUGGCCUAUCAUUUGUACAGUCAAACAAGAAAAGGAUUUAAACUUGAUUUCGGACUAUUACAUAAAGUUGACAUGUGGAGUUACGUAAACUCCUCAGUCAAAGCGGCAAUAGUGUUAAAUUCAUUUAAUCUUCUUUUCUUUUUAGACUCCAAAUCCUCCAAGAGUUUGUUUUUAUCUGAGUUGUUUCAUCACUUAAAGGGUUUUGUUAUGUAUUAUGUCACAUUCGAGUUGUUAAAGGGUCAUAAUCACUAUCGCUGGUCAACUGUAAACAUGUCAAUUUGGACACUUUUGAAUUUAAUGGACACUCUUAACAGAUACAAUUCCUUCACAGACAACAAAAAUGAAUUUAUCGAAUGGUUUUACUACAAACUGUUCAUGUUUCUCUAUCCUCUUCAAUCCUUUUCUGAAGUUAUAUUACUCAAUUCCUCCUUCAAGUUCCUUAAACACUGUGACAAGUUCAAAACCUUCCCCUCCCCUAUGCCUAAUCGGUACAAUUUUACCUUUAAUCUCCAGAUUUUGUACAAAUUAUUGCCCUUUCCCAUGUCAUUAUGUUCCACUAUUGUGUACUUCAAAAAAUUAAAAUCCAACUAAUCUCAUAAUCUUACUA